CGCAUGCAGCUAUCAAAUUGCAAAUCGCACCAAAGCAGCCAUGAAGCUCACGGAAGAUGACCUCUACCGCAAUUCAACCCAAUUCAGAAACUGGUCCUUUACCUCGCAGCAGCUCGCAGCGCAACGCCUGACGACCAACAUACAAGCCACCGAGCGCGUCAAAGCAAACGUCGCGCGCCAACGCGCCCACCGCGCCCAACACGUCGAAAGCGAUAGUAUAAGUUCGGGAGUCGAAAAUGGCAGCGGCGCGAACACACCAAAUGCUGUGGCCUCGGACAGAGAGGUGGACUGCUUGACUGUGGACGAGGAGUUGAAGAUCGUGGACGACUUCUGUGAGCGCGCCAUCAAGUUGGGUGAACAUUGCAGGUUCCCUUUUGAGGUCACUGCAACAUGUAUACAAUACCUCCGCCGCUUCUACCUCUACAACUCGCCCAUGACCUACCACGUACACAACAUAUCCCGCACCGUCAUGUUCCUCGCCACAAAGGUCGAAGUACACAACCUAAAAGUCGACGAAUUCGCCGCAUUCUUCACCUCUGCGAGUGUCACUACCGAGAGCAUCCUCGCGCCCGAGUACAUGGUCAUGCAGGGUUUGAGAUACAACUUGGAUGUUCGACACCCGUUUCGCGGGCUCGCGGGAGGUCGUAUGGAGAUGUUGGAAUGCGCCGGGGGAAGAUAUGAGGGUCCUGGAAGCGGGGACGACAUACAAGCACAGAUGCUGCAAUUACCAAAGAAGAAGAACGGCCCUGCGGCGAACUGGACUGUGGAAAACAUGGAGAACCGCAUCAAUAAUGCCUCUUUCUUCGCCUCCAAGACGCUCAAGGAAGCUGCGCUCCUCACAGACGCCUACUUUCUCUACACACCCUCGCACAUCUGGCUCGCCGCACACCUCCUGGCCGACGAACCCCUCACGCUCUUCUAUAUUGGUCUCAAAAUUCCCACCUCCUCGCCUAUAUACGACAAGCUGCUAUCCACCAUCCACUCUUGCGCAAAACUAAUAUCCUCCCAUCGCCUGUAUAUCAACGCCACCUUACCAAAAGAAGAAAAGACCGCGCGAGAAGCCAACCAUCAAGCAGAAAUCAAGAGGCUAAUAGGAAAACUAAAAAUGUGCCGGGAUCCCGAUAAAAUCGACCUGGUAAAACUCAACCAAGCGCAGAAAAGGGACGCGAUGCAGGGAGACGGAGGUCUGGAGCAGGGCAAAGCGAAGCGGAGAAAGCUGGAACGCGAGAGCUAUGAGAAGGAAGCAGAUGCGUUUUGGGGGCCUGAGCUGCCUAAGAACGGGUAGAAUGGGGCCCAGAGGGAGGUAUUCUGACAGGUCGGAGUGUAGUUUUUGCAUAGCGAAGGCGUUUACGGCGUUUCACUGGGGUAUAUGGGACAUUAGGCGGCAUCUUUUAUCUGCUGUGUCUUUAGCUGUGUCUAUCCGCACUGGUAGCGCAUUUGACCUUUCAUAAGGGCUCUAUAUCAAAUACCACAUGAACAAUAAGCUACGAUCAGCCAUCGUAUGUCGGACAUCCACC